AUGGCUGUACGCAAAGGCAAGAAGGCAUCGUCCAGCAAAGCUAAACCCCGACGCCAAAGUACUAAACACCACAAGUCUAAUGAUGUGUUCAGUGAUGACGAGAAAGAAGCUACGCAUCAGGAACAAGUCAUGAAUGCUCGCGCUGAUGUGAACGAAGUUUUUGAAUACGAAGAACCAUCAUUUGAUCAAGGAGACUCGGAAGUAGAAGACGAACAAGGUGGAGACUUACUUUCGGACCUGUUGGGUACAGCGCCAGCUUCUCGUCUCUCUACUGGUAGUGAAGAAGAUAAUGAUGAAGAUAAAAUUAAAAAUCUGAGUGAAAUGGUUGACAGUCUUGUUGAAAAAAAGAGCAAGAAGAAGUUGGAAGAGAUUGACGCGCAAUUUGCGAAUAUAACGACAGAGGGAGAGCUGACAUUAGGAGCGCUUUUGGGAGCGGAGCCUCUUAAUUCUGGUGGAGUAAAUGCUGAAGAAGAAGUGGAUGAAAAAACUCAAACUGGACUUGAUAUGAGACGCAUGAGACAGCAGGUUCGGGAGCUGGAAGGGGAUGGCACGACACUAUUGUUGCGAGCACAUAGUAAUCCAGUGCAGGAUGCACGAGCACAGCGAAAGCUCGCGUAUGUAGAGAAAAGCAAAGAAGUGGAUGUGUUUGAGCCAGUGGUGCAACAAAACAGAAAGAAAGAGACAUUGGAUUUCCGCAUACAAGCUUCAAAGCUUGAGAAGCUCACCCCUGCUGUACUGGCAAACAAAUUCGUGGCUCAGACAGACAUGGAGAAGAGUGUUGCAAAUUUAUUGCAAGCUGGCGACUUGAGUGAUAGAACUGUGGCUAAGGAUGAAGAAGAGGAAUUGGCGCGUAAGCACGUUUCUGUCCAAGAGGUGGCUGCUCGACAAAAGGAGCUUGCUAAGCUUCGAUCGCUCCUUUUUUAUGAUGAGCAGAAGAAGAAGCGCGUGAAGAAAAUUAAAAGUAAACUUUACCACAAGAUUCGCAUUGCGCAAGACAAGAAAGCGAUGGCGAGACAGAAAGAGGAACUACGAGCAUUGGACCCUGAAUUGGCUCGAAAGCUUGACGAAGAGCUUGCAGCGAAGCGAGCGGAAGAACGACUGACGCUCAAGCAUCGCAAUACAAGUAAAUGGGUGAAGCACCAACUGAGUCGUGGGAUUCAAGCUGAUGAUGCUACGCGUAGUGCGAUUGCUGAUCAACUGCGUCGUGGUGAAGAGUUACGUCAAAUCGAUGAAGAUUCAGUCGAGGCCAGCAAAAAGCGUGGUCUACAGGCAAUGAAAUUUAUGCAGCGCGCAGCUGAAAAGCAGCGAGAGAAGGCACGAAAUGAAGCAGAGAAGUUACUUCGUGAGAUUCGCACAAUUGAUGGCGUUGAAGAAGACUGCGUCUUGUCAGAGGGUAAAGACUAUGAAAGUUCUGGGGAAGAAGGCAAUGUUGUCAAAAUGAACAAGAAGAUCAAAGUGGCACCAAAGAAGGUUGUUGUUACAGAACAGGACAAAGCUGCAGUCGCAAACGCAUUGGCUGGCGGUGCUUAUCAAACAAAGAAUGUCAGUAUGACUACUGGCGUUUCAGCUCGUGCUUCAGGAGCAAUUGCGAUUAAUCUUGGCGAGGGUAGUAAUAAUGUUGUAGUCGCUGACGGAGGUAAAAAAGAGGGCAACUCACUUGAACUCGGGGCUAAAGCUGUGAAAGCUAAGACCUCGGUGACUGUCGAAGUUCAGGCAAAGACCGACAGUGAAGAUAUUGACACGGAGUUUGCAACAGAAGGUAAAGAGAACCCGUGGCUUUCCGGUAUCACUUCAAAGAGAAAACGUAGCAAGAAGAAUAUGAUGACAGUACAAGCGAACAAGGAUAGACAGGUGGAUGUUGCCGCAGCGAUUGAGUCUCUUGCAAAGGAUACCAUGAACAAAAGCAAAGACUGUUCACCGACUACAAGUAUAAAGAACGGUAAGAAGCGUAAACUUGACCCGAUCAAGAUUAAGACGGAGGCUCCAGCUCCAAAGAAAAAAAAUACUGACAAGAAAGACGCUACACAGGACGAACUUGUCCGUCGAGCGUUCGAGUUUGUGGCUGAUACUGAAGAUGAGCUUGCUCAAGAAAAGGAUCGGCUGGCUGGUCAGGAUGCCAAUGCUAAAAAAGGGGCUGAGAUUGCUAAGUUAGUUGGUAUGUCUGGAUGGGGUAGCUGGGCAGGUGACGGUGUCUCCGUGUCAAAGAAUCAGAUUGCACGGGAACAGAAGGCUAAAAAUAUUGCUCGAGAGGCUAAAGAGAAAGCGUUGGCUGGACGAAAAGAUGCGCGUUUGAAACACGUGUUGAUUAAUGAGAGGAAGGACAAGAAAGCUGCCAAGUUUAUGUUAAAGGAUGUGCCAUAUCCUUUUACGUCACGGCAAGAGUAUGAGGCGGCGAUGCGCAAUCCUCUGGGCAGCGAUUGGAACACUUCUCAGGUGACAAAUGUGCUGACAGCUCCGAAGAUUAUGAAGCACGCAGGCACAGCCAUUGCUCCACUUAAGCUUUCCAAGGAAGAUCGCAAGUUCGCGAAAAAGGAACUUAGUCUGAAACGUAAAGCAAAAUUUUAG